UCCGUCGAACGGCACUACCACGACGCACUAUCGCUCAGGCUAGAGUCGGUUGAUUUCAUUUUUCUCAAUUCGCGAGUGAAUUACAGAGCAGGAGGAAGUGCUGCUGUAAUAAAAGUCUAGCUGAAGACCUUCGAGGUUCCAGUCUUAUUUCAAACAGGGCGUAAACCCGUCAACAUGGUGAACCGUAAUCCGGUCAUUAAGUAUACGAAGAUUUUUAUCAACAAUGAAUUUGUCGAUGCGGUGAGUGGGAAGACUUUUCCGAGCGUCAAUCCGGCUACGGAAACUGUUGUUGCACAGGUUGCUGAAGGUGACAAGGCUGAUGUGAAUAAAGCUGUUGAGGCCGCGAAGAAAGCGUUUGAACGAGGGUCAAAAUGGAGGAGCAUGCCCCCAAGUGGCCGAGGUAUCCUUCUCAACAAGCUAGCUGAUCUGAUCGAUCGCGACGCGGACCAAAUAGCGAGUAUCCAAACGCUGGAGAACGGCAAACCCUGGACCCAUUCCUUCGGCGAGUGUACAAUGACCUCAAGCAUUCUGAGAUACUACGCUGGUUGGGCUGAUAAAAUUCACGGCGAAACAGCUGCAACAGACGAUAACAGCGUGGUGAUGACCAGAAAGGAACCAAUAGGCGUUGUUGGACAAAUUACACCCUGGAAUGGACCGAUCGUUCUUCUUGCCUUCAAGUUGGGCCCAGCAGUAGCAGCUGGAUGUACCGUCGUUCUUAAACCGGCUGAACAAACGCCAUUGUGCACGCUACAUGUUGCGGCGUUGAUAAAGGAAGCUGGAUUCCCACCGGGUGUCAUCAACAUCGUUCCUGGGUAUGGACCUACUGCUGGGGCCGCUGUCUCCGAACAUCCGGACAUUAUGAAAGUCGCUUUCACAGGAUCCGUUGAGGUUGGUAAGAAGAUUAUGGUAGCGUCUGGCAACACAAAUCUCAAACGCGUGACUCUGGAGCUCGGCGGGAAGAGCCCUCUUGUUAUCUUCGAUGAUGCUAAUGUUGAUGAAGCUGUUAAAAUUGCUCACGACGCGAUCUUCACCAACUCCGGUCAAAUUUGCAUCGCAGCCUCGCGAGUUUUUGUUCAAUCAAAAAUCCAUGAUGAAUUUGUCAAGAAGUCCAAGGCAUUGACACUCAAAAGAAAACUCGGGGAUCCUUUUGAUCCUGCAACUGAGCAAGGACCACAGGUUGACGAUGAGAUAUUCGAGAGGGUGCUGAGUUACCUCAAAGCGGGGAAAGAGGACGGAGCUACUCUGGAAGUUGGUGGAGAGAGAUUUGGAAAAGUUGGCUACUACGUUAUGCCGACGAUUUUCUCCAAUGUGAAGGACAACAUGAGAAUUGCGCGAGAGGAAAUAUUUGGACCUGUACAGUCGAUUCUCAAGUUUGAUACUAUGGAGGAAGUUAUCAAACGAGCCAAUGAUACCACCUAUGGUCUCAGCGCUGGAGUUAUCACUAAUGAUAUCAAUAGGGCUCUCAAAUUCGCUCAGGCUGUUGAAUCUGGGAAUGUUUGGGUCAAUCAGUACGACGCAAUUUGCCCUCAAGCACCGUUCGGUGGAUGCAAGCAAUCGGGAAUUGGACGUGAAUUGGGUGAAGAGGCAUUGGAUAAUUAUCUGGAGACAAAAUCAAUCCACAUAAAGCUGUCAUCAUAAUCGAACACCACUCACACUCAAAGUACAUCUAUAAAUACACGCUGUGGAAGAACUCAUCCCAAUUAUAGCUGGAUUAAAAAAUGUUCCACAGUCCAUUUUCUGAUGAAACAUUUCAAAUGCAACAAUAAACAAGUUGAUAAUUGCA